AGGUUGACAAACAGUAAACUUUCCCUGAGCCGCUAUAGGGCGAGUGCGGCGUCCAAACGCGCUUUAUAACCACUUAUACAUGCCACCUUUUAUAAUUUUUAUAUAUCUCAGUGUCUUAUCAGCUUAAUAAGGUCGCAGAAACAAAUAUCCAGCGUCGUGUUUUCAAUUCGUGUGUCAGGAAAUGUAGAGAUAAUAAUAAUCAUCAUCAUCAUAAUAAUAAUAACAACAAUCACUGAUUGGAGAAAGUGGGUCUUGUGAGACGUCCAGGCUUUCCGUAAGCCCAGUGUGGUGUAGCAGGUCAGAGCUUUGUGUAUGGGACCAAUCAAAUCUGGACGUUCUCCACUGAAACGAAAGUUGUUUUUAAGCUGCACACUCUUUACCACCUUCUUCAAGGAUUUUUACCCCCCUCUGCAUCUUUUACAAGAGAUGUGGAAACUGUUGUAGGCCUGUUCUGGCCGGAGAGAUUCAGGACGUGAGCAUUGUGUUCUGGACCCUUUAAUUCUCUCUUCAGCCAUGCAUUUAGAGGUAAAAGUUGCACUGAACUUCAUAGUGUCCUAUUUGUACAACAAGCUCCCACGGCGAAGAGCAGACCUUUUCGGAGAGGAGCUGGAACGCAUCCUGGUGUCGCGUUUUGAAGGUCACUGGUACCCGGAGGCUCCAUUACGUGGUUCUGCCUUCCGCUGCCUUCAUCUCGGAGUCCCUGGGGACCCCGUGGUGGACUUGGCAGCCAGACGGAGUGGGUUGGACAUGGAGGAAGUCCGUGCCAAUGUCCCUCCAGAGCUCAGCAUCUGGAUCGACCCUUAUGAAGUGUCCUAUCAGAUUGGUGAGAAAGGGGCUGUGAAAGUUCUCUACAUGGAAGAUCCGCCAGGUUUGGGGGGUGAAGCUGAAAUAUCAGAAUGCUUAGGAGGGCUUUGUAAAGGAGAUAUGGAGCUGGAAGAUGGGAAGAAUUUGGGCUUCAACCCAGACGCUCAGGUCUUUGUGCCCAUUGGUGGCCAGGCAUCACCAGUCAUGCUUCCAUCUCUCUCUAAUUCACCCACACCUCUCUGUCAAGGUCUGUUCAGCUACGCAGGCUCCAGUACUCCAGCGGAUCCCACUGUGCACUCCAACGCCUCCUCUCCGUCUCCACCCAGUACAGGGAUGCCCUACCCACACCCAGCUGCCCAACCUAGCUCCCGUCCUGUUCCACAACAAAUCACCUUCACCACGGCCAGCUUUGCUGCCACCAAGUUCGGCUCCACCAAGAUGAAGAAAUGCAUGGGAUCCGGGGUGGUGGGUGGAUCUGGCAGUGUCGGCGUGCCUCAGCAGCGAAUGCUGAGCCAUUCACCCACCGCAAUGUCCUCCAUUUCACCACCAGGACUGGUGAAGCACAAGCCCCUAUCUCUCUCCAUGCACUCCCUGGCUGGUCCAGUCUCUAGCCAGCUCUCGCCCAAUGCCAAAGAGUUUGUCUACCCUGCCUCGCAGGGGCCUCUUUAUUUUGAAGCUGAGGCUCCGCACCUGACCCACGCCGGCCCAUUCCAGGCACCGCUUUCAGGCCCUGCUCACCCACAUGCCACCUUUGAUCCAUUAUCUAGCCCACCACCAGGCCAUGCAAUGGGUGUCAUGGGAGGCAGCGGUGGAAUUUCCUUCAUGGAGGGUCUGGGGGGCUACAACCUGCAGUACUCCAGCCAAGCUUUCCAACCUGUAGUAUUGGCCAACUAAGUGUUCACAAUGCUUAAAAGAUGUCUUCUGGGAAUUUUUUUUAUGAAUUUUUCCACCAGUUGUUACUAAUACAUAAAGUUAAGAUGGUGUUAUGACUACUAAAACCACUUAUGAUUUUUUUUUUCCCUCCAUAGAUCUUUAUUUCUAUUCAAGGAUAAUUCUUUUCCUUUCUCCCAAGCCAAUGGGAAAUAACCAGCCUCCUGCUGCACAGAUGUUUUGCAUUGAAUGCUAAUUUGAUCUGGGUGUUCCUCACUAAGGUAUAGUUCUCUGUACCCUGGCUGAGCAGCAUGAGCUUGUUCCAACACUGCUCUUUCAUGCUGUGAAAAAAGCUUCAUGCUUCAAUUUAAUCAUGUUGAGAGCAAAUAUUUUGUUGGAAGGUUCUGGAAAGCAGAGAGGUUGGGACUUUGCUAUAAGCUGUCUAGUCAAGCCUCACUGUGGGGGGGUGGGGGGGAUAUUUUUGUGCCAACACAAAUCUUGCAUUGUUUUUUCUUUUUCUUUUUCGUUCUGUGGUUUAUACGAGUACAUAGUCAGGACACAAUGCACACUAUGGGUAUCGGGCCUAGUUUUUGAGAAGUCAAAUGGGGUAAUGCUUUAAAGCUGUGAAACUGUUCAGGAAGAUUGUGUUUUCAUAUUUAAAAGCCAUAAAUAUGGUUCAAAGAGGGGGGAAGUAGUCUAGUUAAAGGCGGUGGCAAGAUGACUGUUAACAUGGUAGUGUUGGUCUCCUGUAGGAAGACAGAGCCAGCAGUGCGUGAAGGUAAGAGGACAGGACUCGGGUGGAUGGGACUCAAUAUAGCAGAUAGGCUCAUGAUAAAUGAUGUGGCUUUGGGAAGGAUGGAAUGAUGGGAAUGUGUGUAUGGGCAGCUAUAACCUUUGGCAGUAGCUCAAAACAUGGCACUUGGAUUGCUGAGCUUGGUGUCCUUCAGAGUUGAAGUUGGGUUUGGAUCACACUAUGAAUGUGAAUCUAAUUUCUAUCUAAGUGGGUGUUGAGCAGUUAGAUGUUAGGAUUCUUCUUCGUUAUUCUUCAUCCUCAUCAGAGGUUUAGAUGUUUUACAUAUUAGACACAAAGAUCCUGUAAUGUCUUAAGAGAAUGGAUGUUUGUUCUUUAUGACCUUUUAAUAGCUGACAUUACCAAGUCCAUUGAUCCACAAUGAAACUCUUGCAAUCAUGGAGAUGGUUGAUAAUCUGCCUCGACUGAAAGCUUUCUCGAUAGAUAGAUAGAUAGAUAUCUGCUUAAGCUAUAACUACCGAACCAUCCUUACUAUGUUCCUCAUAUUACUGUGUCAGUCCAUUUCAUGACCACCAUUUUGAGUGGAUUAGUUUAUUUUUGGUUGUAAGGGUCCAGAGGUUUGCAAUUAUGGCUGGUUUAAACUGGAUGUAUUUUUUUACAUUCAUUUGUAAUUUAUUUACGAUUUUUCUAUAUUUUUUUCCUGUGUGUUUUUUCAAGAGAGAAUCUAAAGGCAUUUGUAAAAGAUAUUAUAUACA